UUGGAAUUCGAAUAGCGCGUGCCUGUUUGCAGGGGUGCGCGAGCGCCGUUUCCGACCCCGGUGUUUUUUUGAAAAAGGAAUAAUUUUACAGUUGACGGUUAUACGUUGAACUGGAUAGACGUGUGUUAUCUGUAGAGUAAUAAUAGAUUUAUUUUUCAAUAAUUUUAGUCUAGUUUUAGUGGUUAAGUGUGAAGUGUUUUAAAGUGGAUAAAAAAUAAAAAUACCAGGUUGAAUGGUUUAAAAAUUGGAUGGAAAACACUUUGUAACUUUGCUAAAUAUCGUAAAAUUAAUAUUUAAAAUAACUAUAAUUUAAGUGAAAUUAAUUUAAAUAAGUGAAUUUAUUCCAUAAGAAACUUAACUUAAGCUUAACUUAGUGUUUAACUUAAAGAAAGCAGUGAACUAGAACGGUUACGCUUACAGCCCACCCUUCUUACAAAACAGGAUUCAUGCGCUAAAGGGGAAUUAUUACGCUUAAAACAAUGGAUUCACCAAAAAUCGUGUACAAAUACUACUCCAACCCAGCAUUUUGUUCACAAAGCGAAGUUGUAUUCGCACAGAAAACAUGUAUGACGAAAAUUGUGUCGCCCGAAAGGCAACGGAUGCCACCUUUAGGCGGGAACUCGCCUAGAAAGAUCGAAAUAGGCAACAGAAUAAUGAGGACAGAUAUAUCUGAUAAUCCUUUACGUAUGUCACCGGCGGGGGCUCCAAGGUACAGAGAGGAGCCUCCUGAAUUGCCGCCAAAACCUCCCAAAUUCCAAAACAGGAGUUUUCAAAGACAGUCUUCUUUAGUUUAUAAGCCUACAAGGUCAGUAAGAUGUAGAACGAGAAGUGAGGAUUUAGAAAUGGCACAAUUGAAGCAGCAACGACGUUCCAGGUUUGAAAGACAAGCAGACAGCGACGAUGGUUUAGAAGAUAGUCGAACAAAACAUAGAUAUGAAGUCAUACAAGACUUUGACGAUAUAGUAGACUAUUCGCCGACAAAAAAGAGGAUAGUACAAGCAAAACCUGAUGAGAUUGAAGAGUACAAUGUUGACGGGCCUGACGAAAAUGAAUUAAAAGAAAUACCGACUGAAAUUGUGAAGACUGUCAACGGUAGAACGUUGAGAUACGCUAUAAUACCUACUGAAGAUGAUGAGCCUAGGAAAUGUAAUGUUACCUUCACUUCGCCAGUUAUGUCUAAAAAGAAUUUGAUAGCGACUCAAAAGUUACAUGAACUUCUAUCAACGCCAAGGAAAUUGAAAAGUUAUGGAAGCCAGCCUUCAGUCAGAAUCACACCGAAUAAAUCUAUAGACAACAAAUAUUCAGAGACGCCAAGAAAGUUUGUUUCCAGUACUCCGACCCAAGGUGUUACUCCAUCGAAGUCUUGUGCGAACUUGACUUCGAGGACUAGUGCUCCGACUUCGCCAAUUUCGCCUAAAGCGCAACAGAAAUUAAACUAUGGUUUGCCUGAGAAACUACCAAAUAUACCAGCGUUUGACAGACAUGAUGUUUUCGUAACGAGUUUUAGAGAUAAGAGUAGAGACAGGAGUUUUGACUUAGAGAGGGAGAUGAGUAGAGAAAGAAGGGAUUAUGAAAGGAGAAGAGAGAGCCAGAGGAAGGAUAAGAAUACUGCUGUUAUUAUACCUAGGGUAGCCUCCCCACCAUCAGUGUACUCCGAAGAAACCUACAAAUCUUUCUCCAGUCUCAAGACACUGUCAGGUGCAACAGCCUCCCUGCUGAUAGCUGCCAUCAUGUUGACGAUGUGUGGCGGACUGACGGCCGGCUUGAGUUUCUAUAUGAUGUACGCGAUCGGUAGGCGCUAUUACUUAGACUUCGGCGUGCUAGCUGGUUUUACCUGCUUUUUGUUGGGACUACUUGGAUUCAGGACUAAGAGACAACAGUUACUGCCUAACAGGAAUUAUAUAUCUGGUUACAUCGUCCUCUCAUCAUUUUCUCUACUCAGCGCGUUCGGUCUACUCAUUCUACUAUGUCUAGAACCAAAACCAGGAACACCACUAAACGACAUCACCUCGGGAGCCGUUUGCGGCGUCAGUCUACUGUCGUUGUGCUUGGCUACGAUUGGUGUGCUAGCUUCUUACUGCUGUGUGAAAGACCCGCCUGAUAAUCGAGUUGGAACUACGAGGUGGUAUUGAGAAAUUAAUUAUGGCUUGAUAUCAGUAUGAGGAUGUUGUCUGUUUUUUAUUUUACGGGAGACAUUGCUUGAUUUACAUACAUACUUAUAUGGGAGAACUCCAGAGUAGAUUUCAUAUUUAGUGUGCCGAGCUCAUGAUAUUCCACAGUCGGUUAUACCUACACUACUUGUCAAAUUGGUUUGAGGUCUUUUUUGAUCAGGAUUAGGUUGAAACCGCUGGAAACAGUUAAAUAUAGGUAACUUCAGUGCACCAUACCAGCAGUGCAAAGUAAGGAUUCUUACUAUCACCCUUUAGAUUCGAGCUGUAUAAUGUUAUUGUAAAACUCAUCUUCAAGAAUACUUACACAUAAAUAGAUUUUAUAUUUAUCCAUAGAUACUCAUUACAGACAACAAAAUGCAGUGACAAACAAGUAGAACUAUUCUUUCGUACUUUAACAAACUUGAGUAUUUAUUGCUAUGAUUAAAAUUGUAGGCGUUAUAAUAGCGGUUUUGAUAUUUAUGUGUUAAGAAUGUUCUGGAAUAAUAUUAUUUAAUUAUAUAUAAGUAUUCAAUUUACAUCUUAAACUUAUACGUCUUUUCACAUGUGCUGGAUUCCAUUUUGUUCUUAUUUCAUUGGUAAAUGUGUCUACGGAAUCGGUCUACUCUAUAAAUAAUGUGUAUGAUGUUUUAUUAGGUAUGCGAUAGUUUAGAUACCAAAGCAGGUCCAAAUUUAAAUUAUCUGUAUUUUAUUAUGUGGUUGUUGUAAAAUUUUAAUAAAUGAAAAUGGGAUUAAUAUUUUA